GGUUCUCUCUGGUGUUUUCACUAGCCACGGCCUAUGGCGCUCUCUGACGUCACCGAAGUGACGGAGCGAAAAAGCGCGAGAAACGGCUUGGUUCCCACCCUGCAGAGAGGGGAGUGACAUUCAGCUGACAAGGACUGGGGACAUCGCGUCCUUGUCUUGCCUUUGUCGCCCCCGCCCCGCUCUUUCCUGGCUGGGCUGGCGGACGCCUUGCCGAUGAACCUGACUGAGGGUCCCCUGGCGGCAGAAAUGGACCCUGCACAUGACCGUGUGGUCUUUGAGGACGUGGCCAUAUAUUUCUCCCAGGAGGAGUGGGGGCACCUUGAUGAGGCUCAGAGAUUGCUGUACCGCGAUGUGAUGCUGGAGAAUUUGGCCCUUUUGUCCUCACUAGGUUGUUGGCAUGGAGCUGAGGAUGAGGUGGCACCUUCACAGCAAGGUUUUUCUGCAGGAGUGUCAGAGGUUACAACUUCAAAUUCCUGUAUGAUCACCCAGAAGAUCCACCCUAGUGAGACGUGUGGCCCACCCUUGAAAGACACUCUGUGCCUGGUUGAGCACAAUGGAAUUCAUCCUGAGCAAGACAUAUAUAUUUGUGAGGCAGAGCUUUUUCCGUGCCCAGAGCAGCAAAUUGGAGAGAAUCUUUCCAGAGGGGACAAUUGGAUACCUUCAUUUGGGAAGAACCACAGAAUUCACAUGGCAGAGGAGAUCUUCACAUUCAUGGAGGGUUGGAAGGACUUACCAGCCACCUCAUGCCUUCUCCAGCAACAGGCCCCUCAAAGCGAGUGGAAGCCAUACAGGGACACAGAGGACAGAGAAGACUUUCAGACUGGACAAAAAGAUUACAAAUGUAGUGAAUGUGGGAAAACCUUCACCUACAGAUAUUCACUUGUUGAGCACCAGAAAAUCCACACGGGAGAAAGAUCUUAUGAAUGUAACAAAUGUGGGAAAUUUUUUAAGUACAGUGCCAAUUUCAUGAAACAUCAGACAGUUCACACUAGUGAAAGGACUUAUGAGUGCAGAGAAUGUGGAAAAUCAUUUAUGUACAACUACCGACUCAUGAGACAUAAGAGAGUUCACACUGGAGAAAGGCCUUAUGAGUGUAACACAUGUGGGAAAUUCUUUCGGUACAGCUCCACAUUCGUUAGACAUCAGAGAGUUCACACUGGAGAAAGGCCAUAUGAGUGCAGGGAAUGUGGGAAAUUCUUUAUGGACAGCUCCACACUCAUUAAACAUCAGAGAGUUCACACUGGAGAAAGACCUUAUAAGUGCAAUGAUUGUGGGAAAUUUUUUAGGUAUAUCUCCACACUCAUUAGACAUCAGAGAAUUCACACUGGAGAAAGGCCUUAUGAGUGCAGUGUGUGUGGGGAAUUGUUUAGGUACAACUCCAGCCUCGUUAAACAUUGGAGAAAUCACACUGGAGAGAGGCCUUAUAAAUGUAGUGAAUGUGGGAAAUCAUUUAGGUACCACUGCAGACUCAUUAGACACCAGAGAGUCCACACGGGAGAAAGGCCUUAUGAGUGCAGCGAAUGUGGGAAAUUCUUUCGUUACAACUCCAACCUCAUUAAACAUUGGAGAAAUCACACUGGAGAAAGGCCUUAUGAGUGCAGAGAGUGUGGUAAAGCCUUUAGCCACAAGCAUAUACUUGUUGAGCACGAGAAAAUCCACAGUGGAGAAAGACCUUAUGAGUGUAGCGAAUGCCAGAAGGCCUUUAUUAGAAAAUCUCACCUGGUUCAUCACCAGAAAAUCCACAGUGAAGAGAGGCUUAUGUGCUCCAUGAAUGUGGGGAAUUCUUCAGCUGCAACUCCAACCUCAUUAAACAUCAGAGAUUUCACAAUGGAGAAAGUUUACCAUUGACCAUUGUAAUUGGGUAGUAAUGUUACAUAAAUUCCACCUUUUUAUGUAACUAAUCUCCAGAACAUUUUUCCUCUUGCAAAAAAAGUAAAAUGCUGUAUCUAUUAGAAACAACUCAUUCCCCUUUCCUACUGUCCCCAGAAAUGUCUCAACUAUAUGUCUAUACUCUGUAUCUAUGAAUUUGAUAUCUAUUGGUACCUCAUAUAGGUGGAUUCAUACAGUAUUUGUCUUUUGAGACUGGCUUAUUUCACUUAGGAUAAGGUCUUCAUGGUUCACCCAUGUUGUAUAAUGUGUCAGAAUAUCCUUCCUUUUUAGGUGAAAUAAUAUUCUAUGGUAUGUAUAUACUCCUUUUAUUUAUCCAUCUGUUAAUGGAUGCUUGGGUUACUUUCAUCUUUUGAAAUAAUGCUGCUAUGAAGAUGAGUAUACAAGUGUCUAUUCAAGAUUCUACUUUUGAUUCUUGUUGGGUUUAUACUCCAAAAUGGUGGUGCUGGAUCUUACAGAAUUUCUAUUUUUAAUAUUUUUGAGAAAACUUAUUCCAUAGUACCUGUGGCAUUUUACAUUCCCACUAGCAGUGCACAAGGAUUACAAUCUAUAUACAUCCUCACCAACAUUGUUCAUUUUCUAUUUCUGUUCUUUGGGAUUUUUUGUUGUGCCUUUUGUUUUGGAUAGCAGGUAUCCUUUUGGAUGCGAGGUGGAAUCUCAGUGUCUUUCAUUUUUAUUUUGUGAAUGAUUAAUGAUGUUGAUCAUCUUUUCAUGUGCUUGUUAGGCAUUUGUGUAUCUCGAAAAAUAUUCAAGUCUUUUUUUUUUUUUUUUUUUUCAUUUUAAUGGGAUUAUUUGCUUUUUGUUUUUGAGUUAUAGAAAUUCUUUAUAUAUUCUGGAUAUUAACUCCUUAACAAAUAUAUGCUUUUUACAUAUUACCUCCCAGUCCAUAGGUUGUUUUUUUGCUCUGUUGAUUGUGUCCUUUGAUGAAAGUUUAAAUUUUGAUGUACUUUUGACUCUGUGUCUUUGGCUUCUGUAUUCAUGCAUCAAACCAACCACAGAUCAAAAGUAUUUGGAGCAUCCAUGGAUUGUACUGAUCAUUAAUCACAAAUAUUCAGAAAACAAAAAGGGUAGUUGCAUCUGUACUAAACAUGAACAGACAUUUUUUCUUGUCAUUAUUCCCUAAAUCAUAUAGUAUAAUAAAUAUUUACAUAGCAUUUACAUUG